GGUGCCGCCUGCGGCGGGGGGGGGCAGGGCGGUGACCUGCACAUCCCGGCUCCUUCUUCCUCGGAGCAGCGGGGGUGGAGAGAGAGGGGCUGGGGGAGGUUCUCUCCGCCCCCGUCGGAGGGAGCGGAGCGAGGGGAAAGCAUGUGAAAAUUGUUCCUAUUUCUUCAGGUCUGUGGACGUGCGUUUUACGUUGGAGUUAGAGGCAGCAUUUUUGAAAACUCUUUGCAGAGUGGCUUUCUGGAAGUAUGCAGAUGUUUCUUCUGUUGAAUAAAUACUAAGUUAAAAACCAAAUUAAAGCCCCCACAACAGGAAUUGUGUCAGUAGUGGUUUUUCUUCCUGCCCUCCAGUAAAUAAAAGUGUGGUCCUGACAAGCUGCUUCUGGUAUCAGUAACAGACCACCUACCAUGAGCAACUCUACUCCAGCUACAGAUAAUGAGAAGAAAAAAAGUAAAGGAAAAAGAUCUCAGUGUUCCCCUUCACGUGUCCUUCAUAUUCGUCAAAUUCCAAAUGGUGUUACUGGAGCAGAAGUUGUUUCAUUAGGUCUCCCUUUUGGCAAAGUAACCAAUCUCUUGAUGCUAAGAGGAAAAGGUCAGGCAUUUUUGGAAAUGGCUUCCGUAGAUGCUGCUGUUUCUAUGGUGAACUACUACACUCCUGCUACACCUCACCUCCACAAUCAGCCAGUUUAUAUUCAGUAUUCCAAUUACAAGGAACUUAGGACUGACAAUCAGCAUAAUCAGGCUAGACCCCAACCUGCACUGCAAUGUGCGAAUGCUGUGCAGCAUGGAAACCUGGGUAUUACAAGUGCUCUUGCUGCUGAAGGUGGGGUCCUUCCAAGUAAUGGUUCUGUUCUUCGAAUCGUUGUUGAAAAUGUUUUUUGCCCUGUCACUUUAGACAUACUUUAUCAGAUUUUCUCUAAAUUUGGCUUUGUCUUGAAGAUUGUCAUGUUCCAUAAGAACAAUCAAUUUCAAGCUCUGCUCCAAUAUGCUGAUGCAAUGCAUGCAUAUUAUGCCAAAAUGUCUCUGGAUGGCCAUUGUAUCUACACUGGCUGCUGCACUCUGCGUAUUGAUUUCUCCAAGUUAACUAACCUAACGGUGAAGUACAACAAUGACAAAAGUAGAGAUUUCACUCGCAUUGACCUUCCUUUUGGUGAUGGCCAGCGAACCAUGGAGGCAUCCUUAUCUACUCCCUUUGCUACCCAAAAUACCAUAUGUCCAUCAUAUACAGGGCCUCCUGGGUUUGCCCCAGCCUUGGGCUUUCCUCAGGGAGCAGGUCCUUCUGUUCUGCCUGUUCCUGGAGCACUUGGUCCUUUCACAGUCACCACAUCUGCAGCACCUGGACACAUGACUAUUCCUGGUAUUCCAGGAAACUCCGUUUUAUUAGUCAGCAACCUCAACCCUGAAGUAAGUUUGAUUGGUGGAACUGAUGCCAUCACACCUUAUGGACUAUUCAUCCUGUUUGGUGUGUAUGGUGACGUGCAUCGUGUGAAAAUCAUGUUUAAGAAAAGAGGAAUUGCUUUGGUUCAGAUGGCAGAUGCAACCCAAGCUCAAUUAGCUAUCAACUACUUGAAUGGACAGAGGCUUUAUGGAAGGGUCAUGCAUGCUACUCUUUCAAAGUAUCAGACAAUUCAACUUCCUCGUGAGGGACAAGAGGACAAAGGUCUGACAAAGGACUACAGCAAUAGCCCUUUACAUCGCUUUAAGAAUCCCUGCUCUAAGAAUUUCCAAAAUAUCUUUCCUCCAUCUGCAACCUUGCAUCUGUCCAACAUCCCGCCUUCUGUUACUGUUGAUGAUUUGAAGAACCUUUUUACAAGUAAAGGAUCUACUGUGAAAGGCUUCAAAUUUUUCCAGAAAGAUUGCAAAAUGGCUCUUAUCCAGCUGGGCUCUGUGGAAGAAGCAGUUCACGCUCUCAUUGAGCUUCACAAUCAUGACUUUGGAGAAAACCAACAUCUCAGAGUUUCCUUCUCAAAAUCUUCAAUCUGAAUUUUCUGUGAAUUUUCCCUUUAAGGCUGCAUAAUGGUUUUAGUAAAAUCUUCAAACAGAGACUGAGACAGCUCUGAUCAACUCUGUCUCUUAAAAGAAAAACCUCAUUCAUACACAAAGAAUUAAGUGAUUAUUUUUUCUGAUUCUAGCUGCAGUUAUGUCAUCCAUAGAAAGAUCUUCUGUGAAGUCAUUUUAGCAACAAUAUUUAUCAUCAAAUUUCCUACUUAAAAUUAUGUUUUGAGACCAUCCUUUCAGCUUUUGUUUGAAAUCAGCCUUACAAAACAAUUUUGAGUGCUUUUACAAUGUACCAAAUGAGUAUGUUUAAUGAAAAAGUAAACCUACUGUGUGCAAUUUCACAUUAAUUUGAAUGUGAAAUAGUGCUUGGGUUUCUUGAAGAAAAGCAAACAGUAACUGUGAGUAUCCUCUAAAUAGUAUUUAUGUUACCAAGGUGUGUGUUCAUACUUUGGUGAAUCUUUACAAAUAACUUGUUUAUAAAAAUAAAAAGUCUGUGCUGUUCUUAUAGAUUAAAUUAUUAGAGAAAAGGCAGUGCCUUCUCUCUGUGGAAUAAAAGUAUUUGACAAGUUUCUUCAAGGUGUGGUAUUGGAAAAUUAGUUUGACUUGACUCUGGGUUGGAAGUUUGAUGUCCUAUUUCUACUAUGAAGGGAUGUGUAACAGUACCUUGGAGAAAAUAAAACAAGAAAAUGGUCUUGAUUUUAAAUAUUUUUUUUUACAUUUCUCUAAAUAAUUAAAUGUUUGCAAGCUUGUGGAAGAUAUUCAGGUCUGUGAUAGUUUCUCAAGUUUUUAAGAAGUUAUUUUUGCUAAGGUCAUCUUUCAGGGCAGAAAAAUUGAACCUUGAGGUUUUUUACCACUCUACAGUCUAAUACUUAAAUUACUGUAUAUUUACCUAAUUUCUUAUUUUGUGCCUUACUAUAUGUGUGUGAAUAGAUUAGAAUGCUACCUGAAGUGUCUUGCAAAAAUAUUGUGGGCUUUGUGAAAAUUCUCCUCUGGGUCUUUUUGUAAAUGUUUUCCACGAUAAUUCAAAAUAUAUUUUUUCAUUAAUUAAUAUUUUGAAUUGUAGUUUCUUGUGCUUUCUUAUGGAGAUUGGACGUAGAUGAGACUGAGGUUUCAUUUGUUGUGAAAUCACAUAGGAAUUCUUUAAAUUUACCUAGUUGCACUACUCUGAUGGUAGUCCUUCACUGAUAAAAAAAUCACAUCCAGAAAAAAUAUACUAAAAAACAAAAUAAACCUGUAUAGGAGGGCCAAACAGCAAAUCCAGUUAGUUUUCUGGACUUCAUCUGACUUUUUGAGAGACACUGGCUGUGUCAGAAUAUUCUUUCAGGUUUCUGUAUUUCUUUUAUUUUUAAUACUUUACAGUAUUAAAGUAGUAGAAUACUAUCAUUCUUUCCUUUUUAAGUAUGAAAAAAUGUUUGAUACUGAAUCUUGAUUCCUCUUUGGGGAAUGAGCUGAGAUGCAGUUAGGUUUUGGCCAUGAGUGUACAGAUGAAUACUAAUGACUGAUCAUAUUUUAAAAAGCUAAAUUUAAUUUUAAGAGCUUUUUUCCCUCUAGUAUUUUCUUUCACAUAAAUUAAUUGAAAAUAAAUUUAAUUUUACUUACCACAUUUUAAAGACCUAUUUCUUUCAAACAUGGCAUUUAUUUACUUCUAACUAUUGCAGAAUUUGUUUCUGCUGUAAUGUUUUGCCACUCAUAAUUGUUUUUGUUCAUCUGAAUUGUAAGACUUUAUCUUUCUAGAAGAAAAAGUAUGUUUCUAUCAUGAUCUGAGUGCUCUGUAGUGAGCUUUCUCAAAUUUUCUCUCUGAAUUAUUUUUGCAAAAUCAGCCUUAUAGUAGCUUGCCAGAUACUACCUUGAUCUAUGUAAAUUGAUUACAGGUGUAGUAUUACGGAAACUUCCCUGCCUGACCAUCUGGGAGCCUCUCUGGCAGUCACUCUUGCACCACCUGAGCUGGACCUGGGGCUCUUCCCAGUUACAGCUCCCACAUUCCCACAGUCAGAGCAGGUUUCCUCACUGGGCUGACCCCAGGUUUCCCACAGCAGUCUCAGGCAUCCCAGCCAUUAAAAUCAUUUCAUCACAGCACAAUAACAAACAAACAGCUCGGGCUGGUGUCUCUGGGGAGGGACCCAGAACAAAGGAACCCCUGGGCUUUUAUCCCCUCACCGAGCAGGGGAAGGUGUGGGACCGUCGGCUCCUGCCGUGUCCCAGUGUCCGGUGCCCUGGCUGGGCCACGGGCCCCGGGCCCUUGUGUGCCCAGGAUGGGCUCCUCAGGGCCUCUGUGCCUGGGCUGGCCCGGCCUGAGCUCAGCCUGCAGCUCCCACUGCAGCUGCACCCCGAGCUGCCUCAGGGAGCAUGUUCCUCAACAGCAGCAGCCAAUCUGACUGCACGGAUGUAGCUAUAUUAAGUGCUGUACAACACAACUAUAUAAAUAUGCAGAAUGUACUAUGUACUGGAAAGUUCAACUGGCUUAGAGAAAAUAUUCCCCUAAGGGAUGUUAUCUUUUGGAUUUCACAGAAUCACAGAAUGGUAUGGGUUGAUCUCCAUGAGGUUCUCACAGUCUCACUGCUCAGUCUGUCCAGAUCCUUCUGGAUGCUAUCCUUUCUUUCCAGGGAUGCUGACUGCACCACAUUAGCUUGAUGCUGUCAGCAAACUUGCAGAGGGUGCAGUUGAUUCCACUUCCACGUCACCAACAAGGCUGUUUAACAGCUCUGGUACCUGAUUAUCCUUACAGAGCACUGCUCAUUAUUGGUCUCCACUUGGACAUCAAGCUGUUGACUACAACUCUUUGAAUGUGGCCAUCUAGCCAUUUCCUUUUCCAGCUAGAGGUCCACUCAUCAAAUCCAUGUCUCCAGUUUAGAAACAAGGAAGUUUUGUGAGAGAGUGUCAUGCUUUGCACAAGUCCUGGGUGUUAACAUCAGUUGCUCUUUUCUUAACCACCAUUGCUGUAACUCUGUUGUAGAAGGCCCUUAAUCUGUCAGGCAUGAUUUGGCUUUAGUGAAACCAUCUACUUCAUAAUCUUACUGGGAACCAAGGUGGGACUUCCAGCCUUAUAGUUUCCUGGGUCUUUCUUAUUUCCCUUUUUACAAAUGUAGGCUAUAUUUCCCCUUUCCAAGAAAAGCAUUAGCUUUCACAGUUUCAUUGACUUAGGCUGCUCAGAAAACCUCUUUUCCUCCCAGGCUACAUGUUACUUCCACCCUCUGUACCCUUUCGUUUAGUAUUUUGAGUUCAUCCAGUAGCUCCUUGUUCAUCUAACACCAUUCUGAUAUUUUUGCCCAACUUCCUCUUUGUUGGGAUAAUCACUCCUGAGCUUGGAGAAGAUGAUCCUUUAUUUAAGGGUGAUUCUUUAAUACCAAUCAGCUUUCUUGGGUCUCUCUUCCCCCCAGGGCUUUAUCCCAUGAUACUGUAUGAGGCAGAUCCCUGAGGAGGCCAAAGGCUGCUCUCCUGAAGGCCAGGGUAGUGAGCUUUCUGUGCACCUUCCUUGCUUUCCUAAGGAUCUCAAACUCCAUUUUGUGGUCUUUGCAUUCAAGGCUGCCCUCGAGCUUCACAUUUUUCACCAGCCCCUCCUUGUUGGGGGAAAAAACGUCCAGCAUAGCACCUCCUCUCCUUGGCUCCUCCAUCAAUUGAAGAAGGAAGGUAUCAUCAAUGCAUUCUAGGAAGCUUCUGGAUCGUGCUGCUGUGUUGACAGAUAUUAGGGUGGUUGAAGUUCUCCAUAAGGAACAAGGUUUGUGUAUGUAAGGCUACUCUUCUCUGUAAGGGGCCUCAUCUCUGUGUCCCUGGUCAGACAAUCUGUAGCAGACACCCACUAUAGAUCCACCUUCCCUUGCCUGCCUUUAAUCCUGACCCAUUAACUCUCAAGUCAGCUCGUCAUCCAUCCCCAGGUGAGGCUCGGCGAUCUCCAGCUGGUCAUUGACAUAGAGGGCAACAUUAACUCCUUGCCUACCCUUCCAGUCUUUCCUGAAGAGUCUAUAUCCUUGCAUUCCAGCAGUCUACUCUUUGGAGCCAUCCCAUUGUGUGUCCAUGACAUACCAAUGAGGUCAUAGGCAUGCCCACAUUAACUCUUGGAGUUGAGACCCUAAUGAAGCUGACUUACUGGCUGGAGUAGCUGGAAUUCCUUUGUGUUGUUCUUCUGGUGUUUUUCUGCUGACGUGUGAUCCCUCUUAAGGCUCUGGGCAUUGGCACCAAAUUAAUAGGAGUGGGAUGUGUUGGGAUCCAUUCCCAUAUGGGCCACCAAGUGUUGGUGUCGGUGCUUGGCACCAGUUGAUGGAAACUGACUGUCACCAUGAGUUUAUCAUCUUACUGUAAAGCUUUCAUACCUUCUCUGUGAGUUCCCACAGGCAGCUUCUCACAACACUGACUCCUUCUCCUUCUGCAUGGCUGGCUGACUCCUCCCUGUCCCUUGCACAACUGCCUGACCCUUCCCACUCCUCACAGCACAGCCAACCAACUCCAGCUCUCCUCUCAGCCAGCUAACCCGUUCUUUUAUGGCACCCAUCCUUACUGGACAUAGCUGUGCCCUGUUAAGGGCAGGGCUGUUCCUGCUCUUUGGUAAUUAGUGCAGCUGCAGAUCUGCAGGGGUGAGAUUGCCUUCAGCACUAUAUCUAUUCUCCUACAAUCCAUCCUCUCACUGGGAUGGACUGAAGUUCCCUUCCCCUGGCAUCUUUCAUUUAAAGCCCUUCUCACUAGCCUGGCAAGCCUGUGGCAGAAGAUGCUCUUUCCCUCUUCUAACAUGAUGGACCCCAUCAGCUCUCAGUAGACCCAGUUUCUGAAAGCAAGUCCCAUAGUGAAUGCAGGCAAACCCCUGGCUGGGAUACAGCCCCAGAGGCAUUUGUUGGUUCACCAGAUUUGACUGGCCCUUUCAAACACCUUUCCUUUGACUGUGAGCAUUGAUAAAAGACUGCCUGUGGAAUCUUAAAUAUUCUAACUUAGAAAAAAUUUGAAUGUUGGUAUUUAUUAUGUUUGCUUUCUGGUUUUGUGAUGCAAGUAUUGUGUAUCUUGAUUCACCUUUACUGUUCUGUUUUUGCAACCAAAUUAUUCUUGCCAACAUACUUUUAGAUUUGUGUGUAUCUGAAAGGUGCUUCCUCUUAGGGAGAUCUGCUUUUAAAAGAUAUGCAGAUAAGCUUUAGAACUUGACAGUACACCUUAACAUUUGCUUAGCAGCGUGAAGGCACUAGUUAAGGCUACUUUUUCCCUUUUAGUGUUCCACCUUGGAAAACUGAAAGCAUAAACACAACACUUUAGUUAUUACAAUGUAUUGUUAGUGAAGAAGCAUGGCACAAGGAAUACUUUUUAUACUUUGUGCUUGACUCAUUAAUGCCUGGUGCAGAAGCACAGUUGCAUCUCAGUUCUUGAUUCUCUAAAGCCCUUGAUAUCUGUGAAAAGAUUCAGGAAAGAAUGAUAUUCUACAGUCUCAUGGUGAUGUGGAUGGAGUGGGGCCUUCAAAGGCCUUAAUCCUACCUUUCAGUCAGAUUAUAGAUAACUUUAAGCAGUUACUCAAAGAAUUGUCCAUGUUAAUUUAAAAAAAUAAUCAUACGGAACAAAUUCUCUGUUAUUCACAGUUCUGCUUGGUGGUCCUCAAUGUGAAUUUGCUUCCUUAAUAUGUAAGGCUUUAAACAUACUACAUUCUAUGUCUUUUGCCUUUUUUCCUGUUACCUGGUAAUUCUGAAGAGGAUUCUGGCUUCAUCUUCUCUAUACUGUGGCCUUAAGCUGUUAAAGAUAUGUUUAUAAUUUCUUUAACAUAUGUUAUUAAUUUCUGUUUGUGAAAUAUCUGGUAAUGUGCACAGUUUAAGCUGAAAUUUGGGCACGUGGUGGGAUUAUUUGGGGCUGUCUUAUGCAGGGCCAGGAGUCAAACUCGAUGAUCUUUGUGGGUCCCUUCCACUUUGCAUAUUCUAUGAUUCUGUGACUGUGUGGUUAUGUCUCUGUAUAUGUCUUGACCUUGAAUCAACUCUGAGUUACCUCCUAGUCCAUUUUUUCUGAUGGAUGCACGCUUGGUUCAAAGUGUAAUAAGGCCUUUUUAACAGCCCAGGAGCAGCUAAGUGCCUUUUCAAAUGAUCCUUGAUUUUUAUUUUUAUUGUUAUAUAAUGGUAAAACUUUCAUUUCUUUUAAUUUCUGCAGAACUCCUAAAACAUCAGAAUCAACUUUUGAAACUUUGACUUAUAAUUUGACUCAGUUGCCUUGUCUGCUGGUCCUAUAAGUUGCAUUGGAUUUGUGUGCUGAUAAAUUGAGGUCCUUUUUAUUCAGAAGAUAUUCCGCAUACUUGUGGAAACUUGCCUAUUUUUGACAUUUUUCUGAUUACAGGCAGCAAACCUGUGUUUGUGUGCCAAGAAAUCUAUUAGUCCUUGUGGAUAGUAGUGCCAGUGAGGUCUGUCUGAUCAAUUAUCUUGGCCUCCUCUGAUUCAUGUCAGUAGGAAAGUGGUAAGUUGGGGUUUUUUAUAAGAAAUGUAGACCUACUACUUGCCAUUUUAUGUUAGCUUAUAUUUCUGUUUUUCAAAUGAGAGGUCAGCUGCCUACAAAAAGCAUUGUAUGCCUUAACCUUUGGCCCUGACAUUUUGUUAGCCAGAGCACAACUAGUAGACUUAGUCUUGUUACUGUUAUGCUGAAACUAUACUAGUCAGAUUGCACAAAAUUUUUUCUUUACAUUAACUUUAUCUUCUUUCCAAAGUUUGGUUUGCUAUGUACAAGAUUCUUUGUCUGCUCUUUUCAAAGCAAAUCCUAACAGUUAGAAUAUAAAAUUUCUGAAGUUAAAUACUUCAGGAUUUUAUUGAUGGGGGAUGUGAUAUAGGAACAAAAUUGGACCAAAGUUUUUGUGCCUUCAGUAGUUUUAUAUGUAGGGCUUUUCAUAUACGUAGGUGUCUUAAGUAUAAUAAAUACAUUUUUCCCCUCUGGAAAAUGUAUAUUUAUAUUGUGAAAAAUUAAUAUUGUCUACUGACUAUACAAGAAGUGUACUACAGCUGUUUCAAUACGGAUUUAAUUAUUCUACUGUCUUUCCCAUUACAGGGUGGUUUUUUUUGGUUGUGGGUUGUUUUUUUUUUUUAACUGCAAUAUGUAGGAAUCCAAGCAUAACUCACAUUAUUUCCUACUUCAGAUAAUAAUGACGUGUUGUGCUUGGAGCCGUCCCAAAGAAAUUAAAUGCUUACAUAAUUGAAGGUCCUUGAUAAAUGAAGAAAGCUUUUACUUUAGCAGAUUAAUGUCAUCAUUGUAAGCAGUUUUUCAGUUCUUGGAAACUGUGCUUUGUUUAUGAGUGGGAAGGUACCACACAUAAACUUGAUUUCAAGUACUUUCCAAUUCUUUUUGAAUAUGUUACCCACUUUCUGCAGAAGUUCACCAUAGAACUGCAGCAGCACAAGACGAAAGUUGCUAACCAAGCAGAUUAUUGCAUCAGAAUGUCACUUCAUUCUCUGACCAAAGAGUGUUCUGGUUUUACUGAGAUAUGAAAACCUGUUUUCUCUCACAUUCCUUUCUGAUGGGAAGACCCAAUGCAAAGUGGCCUCUAUUUGAGACUGUUACUGGUGAUAGAAACAGUGGAAAAUGAAAAUAGUAAUGUGAACCAAAUGGUGUGAGACAAUGCAAAAAGUUAAUAUAUUGCUUUUAGUACUGUACUCAAGACACAGUAAACAUCUCUAACAAUUGCUGUCAUUUCCUCAUUUCACAUGAUCUGUUCAUAAAAAUUCCAUUUCAGUUUUUAAAUAUGUUCAUCUAACACAAGAAAAUACUGUAAAUAUUUGUAACAUCAUGUUUUGUUUUGGUUUUGUUUUGUUUUGUUUUUUUUUUAAUCUGGAAAAAGAGUGUUUGGGGAAACAAAUGGAAAUGAAAAAUGUUUUUAUAUAAAAUUAUUGUCUGUAUAUUUUAAUAAGCAAAAGCUUUCAUUUGUAAAGCAUCUUGUGGCAUUGCAUGAAAAGUAUUUUAUAUCUGUGGAGAUGACUUAAAACUGAAGAGAUAUAAGAUGUAUUAAAGAAACCUAUUUUGUGACUGUGUAGUGCAUGGUGAAUAUGAUUUUGUUUGUGCUGUAAUAUAUUCUGGUUUUUUAGGUUAGUGUGUUUUCUGAUUACAUUAUAUCUAUGCCUAACUAAUUUCUUAACUCUAGUUGUUGUAGCAUGUCUUUUAAUAAAUGUAAUUAUGACUUAAA